AUGUCUUCACAAGCCGCCUUCACUCUCUUCCCUCUACUGCCAGCCGAGCUGAGGCUCGACAUAUGGCGACUCUCAUGCCACCAACGAGUCGUCGAAGUCUUCUACGACUCGGAGCAAGACCAAUGCACCACGACAGCAACACCUCCAGCCGUCCUUCACGCCUGCCACGAGUCUCGACUCGAAGCCCUCCGCAUCUACAAGAUGUCCUUCGGCACGAAAACCCACGAGCCGCGGAUAUACUUCUGCCACGACAUGGACACGCUCUACCUACCGCGCCCGCCCUUCAUGGGCUACGAUAACGACUCGCGGUCCUUCACCGAGCUCGUCAUGGACGCCGAUGACAUCGUCAACCUCGCAAUCGACCACGUGCAGCCCACCGUCAGGAGACCGUGGGAGACCUACAGCAAGUACGCUCUCAUGCAGAGCUUCCCGCGAGUGAGGGAGGUGUUCUUGGUCCUGGACACCGGGCUGCCGGCGGAUGAGGACUGCCACGGAGACGUGGGCUUGGCUGAUCCGGCUGGUGAUAUGUCGGAUCUGUGUCGCCUGCUGGCCGACGUGAAGGAGUCGUUCACCUACGAGGUAGGGGGCGCUUACAAGAUCGGGGAGAAGGAGGAUGAGUUCGUUGAGCAGCCACGGCUACCUCCGCUGGUGUUGAAGUCGAAAGUUAUGUCUGGUCACCAAGAGUAG